AUGGCAGAGGAGUUCAUCUGUGCCAUAGUGUUAGUGGAGACGAGAGGACUCAUUAAUACUCCCACUGCAGCCAGUGGGAGUAUUGAUGACUACAGUAGUUCUGGACUGUACUUUGCUUUUCACAACACUUUCAGAAUCAAGUGAUUGCUGCUCAAGAAGUAAAAGCAGAAUCUCUCCAUUCCUCAGUGCAUUUGGCUGAAGACUGCUAAUAAAAUCAAGUACAACUCCAAGAGGAGAGACUGGAGGAGGACCCAGCUGGGACUGUAA